AUGUCGUCGACAUUGGCGUCCCGUCUGCCUGAGCUGCGGCGGAACAUCUGCAGACGAUGCGCCGAGAUCCCAGUGAUUCAAUUGCAGCCGAACCGGCCGAGAUGGAUCUCGCAAAAAGUCGUGGAGAAGCGCCGGAUGGGGGAGGAGGAGUGGGCGAAGCGUGCCGAGGCUAUUGAGCAAGGAGAACUUCAAAAUAUCUGGGACAUCUUCGAGGAACGAGGUUACGUCAAGGACGUCGCAGGACGCACACCACAGAUCAAAGAACUCCUGCGAACAAAACGAAUAGGCGCGUAUGUUGGAGUCGAUCCCACGGCAGCGUCCCUCCACGUCGGCCAUCUCCUACCUUUCAUGCCCCUUUUCUGGAUGCAUCUCCACGGCUACACAGCCGUAUCGUUGGUCGGCGGCGCAACGGGCAGGAUAGGCGAUCCGACGGACCGUCUAAAGACCCGUGAGGUCAUGGCGAACAGCGAGGUGUCGAUGAACAUCACAAAGAUCCAUUACCAGCUGAAGAAGAUUUGGAGUAACGUCGAGGCGCUCGGGCGCAAGUAUGGCAAGGAGCCAGAGUGGGCGGGCAAGAAGCAUCUCGUCAACAACAACAUGUGGUGGCAGGGUCUACCGCUAUAUGAUGUUAUGAAGCGGUUGGGUCGAUACAUGCGGAUAGGGCCCAUGCUCAGCCGCGAUACCGUUAAGAACAAGAUGGAGAAGGGCGAUGGCAUGUCUCUCGCCGAGUUCAUUUACCCAUUGAUGCAGGGGUGGGACUUCUGGCACCUGUACUCCAAGCUAGGCGUUCAGAUGCAGAUCGGAGGCUCUGACCAGUUCGGCAACAUCGUAACGGGCAUCGAGGCCGUCAAGACGAUCCGAUCCUCAGAGGAGAACCCCAACAUGAGAAUGCCUGAUACUUGGAAGGAUGACCCUAUCGGCUUCACUGUGCCCCUUCUAACGGACAACGCUGGCACCAAGUUCGGCAAGAGUGCCGGUAACGCUGUCUGGCUCGAUCCCUUCAUGACCAGCGCCUUUGACCUGUACGGAUACUUCGCCAGGCGGCCCGACAACGAGGUCGAGAAGCUUCUCAAACUAUUCACUUUCCUUCCCACUACCAGCAUCGAGAAGUUGAUGAUCGAGCACGCCCAGGACCCGCCCAAAAGAGUUGCCCAGCAUACUCUCGCCUUCGAAGUUCUCUCCCUGGUCCACGGUGCCGACGUUGCCAUCCGGGAGCAGCAGCAGCACCAGUUCAUGUUCAGCAAGGGCGGAAACGCCGCGCAAAUCGCGGGCGCUACCGGCGCAUCCGAGGAAGGACAGGAUUUCCUGGCCCCAUACAAAGCCAUCGAAGGCCAUCCCACGACCCUUAACAACGCCCCAAAGAUGGACAUGCAGCUCCCCGAGAACCUCAUUUACAACCAGGGCAUUGCGCGCAUCCUCUACGCCGCAGGCCUGGCGUCGUCCGUCAGCGAGGGCCACCGCAUCGCCCGCGCCCAGGGCGCCUACGUCGCCGCGGCGCCAGGCAAGGAUAUGCGCGGCCUUGUCCCGGGAAACCUUGACUGGACGCCCGUCAAGCUCUGGUACCCCCAGGACGUGCCCAAGUUCCUUAUCGACGGGCGCCUGCUCAUCAUCCGCAAGGGCAAGCACAACGUCCGCAUCAUCGAGGUCGUCAGCGACGAGGAGUGGCAGGAGAGCGGCAAGGCAUACCCCGGCGAGCCCUACAAGGGAAAGACGCGCGUGCUGAUGCAGCAGCUCAAGGAGAUGGCCGCCGCUGAGGGCCGCAAGUUGUCGCGCCGCGAGCUCGAGCAGAUGCUCAAGGAGAAGCUGGCCGCCGACGAGGAGGAGGUCACCGUCGCCAACAACCCGGAUAUCAAGUUUCCAAAGAAGAGCGAGAGGCAGCAGGCUUUUGGAGAGGGUCACAAGUUGCAGUAG